AUGGCUUCACUUGGUUUACAUUUAUUAACUCUUAUACUUGGAGUAGUAUUUAUUUUCUCAGGUCAUGUUAAAUUAACACCACAAUUUUUUCCUGAACAACAUACACAUAUAAAAAAUGAAUUUGGAAAAUAUAAUAAAGAAUUUCCACUUUAUCAUCAAACUGGUUGGCGUCCAUAUGCAAAAAAUUAUCGUAUAACAAUUGGUAUAACUGAAAUAGUUUGUGGAAUUUUCUUACUUCUCGGUUUUUCACAAACAUUAGCAACACUUGUUUUAUUGAUGGUAAUGAUAAAUGCGAUAGUUACAUUUCAAAAAAUAAAUUAUCCCAUAGAAUAUACGGGUAUAUUCGUUGUUGUUUCACUUUUACUUUUAUUACGACUUGGUUUAACAGCAAGAUCAACAGUUAAACAAACAGUUAAAUCAACUAAGGCAAAAAUUGAAAAGAAAGUUGAAUAA